UGGACUGUUCGGACGUGCAUAGUGGAGAAGCGGUUAUUUAACGCGAGUUAACCAAAUGAGUACAGUGGAGAAAAAAGAAAUAGAGCUAAUAAAAUAAAAAAAGAAAUACCGUGCAAUAGUCAUAGCCAGCAAAUGAAGAGUCAAAAGCGCUGUGAGACGCGCGAAGUUUAUAAUUAAACGCAAGUGGAGAAGCMGAGGAAAAUAUUAGUGUUAAGAAAAGAAAAGUAAAUGAAAUAAGCAAUAACAGAAUCAAUGCAUGAAAUAUAAGCGAAUAAACACGAAUUUUGUGUUAUGUGUUUUCGAUUGGCGGUCCAACAUAAAGGCGACGUCUUGUGUUAAUUAUUUGCAUACUCUUACAUCAAAGGGAAGUUGCCGACGACAUUAUAACAACAAAAUUAAUAAUAACAAUCAGAAUUAAAUUAAACUACAACAACAGUCAGAAUAAUUAAAGCACAUUAAAAGUAGUUAAAUAUCGCCUGUUGGGCGUUUAUAACACGCAUAAAGUCAUAUUAAGCGCUCUAAAGCCAUACAACAACAGCAACAAGCAAGCAAAAAGUGUGCGCACCAAAUUUGUUGUUACUACUACGCACCUACACACGCACACGYGCUAGUAUGGCUCACGCCGUCGAAGUUGCCGGCAAACGSAAUGCCACAAAGCCAAUAACARCAGCAGCAGCGCAUAAAAAACAACAACUACGUCGACUAUUUCUGCUGUUGCAAGUUUGCAUUGCCGUUUUAGUGGCCAGCAGUUGUUUGGCAUUGCCAUCGGCGGCCGACGCGAAACAUCUCGAUGGUCAUCAUUUUCAUGCUCAUCAUGAGCAACAACAACAACAGCAUGCACAUCACAGGCGCCGCUUGCAGCGCGAUUCGACCAGUAAAAUUUUAAACACACGCGGACAGUGCAACAGCGUGCGGGAUUACUUCGAGACGAUCGACGUUAAGCUGAUUGGCAACUUUGAGGAAAAAG